AUGACUGCUCUCGAUAGAGCUUGUGGUAAAUUUAUCAAUGAUAAUGCAAUAGUGAAAGAAGCUCAAAAAUCAGCAAAGUCUGCUGAAUUAUUAGCUCGCUAUUGUGAUUUAAUUUUACGUAAAGGAAAUAAAAUUGAACUAGGUGACAUUGAAGAAAAAAUCAAUGAAAUCAUGAUAGUUUUUAAUUAUAUACAAGAUAAAGAUAUUUUUCAAAAAUUUUAUGGAAGAUUAUUAGCAAAACGUUUAGUUGAGCAACUAAGUGUAUCAGAUGACUGUGAAGAAUCAUUGAUAACAAAAUUAAGAGCAACUUGUGGUUUUGAAUAUGCAUCAAAAUUACAACGAAUGUUUCAAGAUAUUCGUCUUAGUACAAGUUUAAUUAAGGAAUAUAAAACAAUUAAGGAAUGUAAAACAAUUGAGGAAUAUAAAACGAAUGGGGAAGUUGAUUUUUCUGUUAUGGUUCUCACGUCAAAUUCGUGGCCAUUUACAACUCCACCAAUUUUCAAUUUACCAACUGAACUCAAACCAGCAUUGGAUGAUUUUGGAGCUUUUUAUUCGAAAAAGUUUAGUGGCCGUCAAUUAAAAUGCCUUUUUCAAUACUCAAAGGGCGAAUUGCAAACCUUAUAUACUAAGCCAAAAUAUAUUUUACAAGUAUCAACAUAUCAAAUGGCUGUAUUACUUUUAUUUAAUGAAUUCGAAAAUAUGACAGUUCAAAAAAUGUUAGAUACAACUCAAAUCACCCCUGAAUCAUUUGCACAAGUUCUUGUGGGUUUAUUAAAAAGUAAAGUGUUAACAUGUACAGAAAUCAAUCCAGAUACAUUAAAUGAAAAUUUAAACGAAAGUGAUAUUACACCGAAUUCUAUCAUUGAAAUCAGUCAAAAUUUUCGCAGCAAUAAAAUUAAAAUUAAUUUAAUUAAACCAAUAGGAACAUCUGUACAAAAUCCAGUAGAUACUAAAUCUAUUUAUAAAUCAAUUAUUGAAGAUCGAAAAAUAGUUAUACAAGCUGCUAUCGUUCGAAUAAUGAAAGCGAGAAAACAAUUAAAGCAUACCUUAUUAGUACAAGAAGUUAUUCAACAAUUAAAUUCAAGAUUUAAACCCGAAAUUCCUAUGAUCAAGCAAUGUAUUGAUUUAUUAAUUGAAAAAGAAUAUUUGGAACGAAAUCAAAAAGAAAGAGAUCUCUUUCAUUAUUUGGCUUAG